UACAUUUAAACAUACGUAUCUACUGGUGGUGUUUGUUUUGUAAAUGAAUUGCGGUUCAAAGAACUGCGGUUUACUUGUAUAUCUUAUCACUAGAAUUAAUUUUCUACAAGAGCGACUAUAUCUGACAAUAAGCUGUAAUCGGUAUCGUUAUAAGUUGAAUUUCCUUCCCAAGACUAGAGGAAAUCAUAAUUCCUACAGUUAUCGUAGCGAAGGGACAAAAAUGACAUCGACACAAAUCGACAGAAUUCUCAAUCUAUACAAAUCCGUGGUGAUAAACCCGGCACUAUCCGACGCGAGAAUUUUAGACGUGAAUACAAAUGGUGUAGUCGUUCAAAGUUCUUGGACGCAGAGAAAUCUAGAUAGACGUGCGACUCAAAGAUUUACUCAGCAACACGUCUUAGAUUCAGGCCUUAAUAAAAUCUCUGAAACCUUUCCUAUCGACGUAACAACAGAGAUCACCUCGUCGACUACCGAGGACGAGCAGCGUAGAGCAGUACUGCGUCAAGCUACGGUAGACAAUGCAUCGAAACAAUUUAUUGAAAUCUGGGACAGGCAGCAUUUGGUGAAAAAUUACGACUUGACCGCCCUAGAUGUCCAUGGUGAUAUUUAUACCGACUCUGAAUUUGGAGCUUUCAAUUGGUCACCCGACAAAACCAAGCUAGUUUACGUAGCUGAAAAGAAGCUUCCCAAGUCUGAACCAUUUUAUAAAAAAGCAUCUCUAAACCCAACAUCAAAAGCAAAGUCGAACGAUGAAGAAACUACCAGGGGGAACGAGUAUUUGUAUAAGCCGCAUUGGGGAGAGCGAUUAGUUGGCAAACAUCGACCUGUAGUCGUGAUUUUAGAUACAGAGGCAGAUACGAUUACGACUCUGUCUGGUGUCCCAGAUUAUCUUUCUCCCGGACAACCUCAAUGGACUCCGGACGGGCAGGGCGUUGUUGGUGUAGCCUGGAAACAUGAGCCGCGAUACUUGGGUCUCAUUUCAUGUACUAACAGGGAAUCGUGGAUAUUUCAUCUGAAGGAUGGACAAUACACCGAGUUAUCAGCCAACAACUGCGCUGUACGGUCACCACGUUUCAGCCCCGACGGAAAGUAUCUAAUAUGGCUAGAGAGACAGGCUGGUGGACCACACCACAAUGCUCAAAGAUUGAUGCGCAAGGAAUGGUCCAGCACUGUGACUACGCCUGAAAUUUUGGUUGACGUGAUCAACAUCAGCAUUACAAUAAACGAUGAGAAGCAAUUUUAUGGACUCUACAAUCAAUCUUUGCCUUUACGUUGCUGGAGUAAUGAUUCUAAAUAUUUAUUUCUCAGCACAGCCCAGCGUGCAAAUACAAAAUCUUACAUCGUAAAUAUAGAGGCAAAAAGUAUUAUUGAAAUUGUCAACGAUACAAGUAGCUUGUCUAUACUGGACGUGAAAAAUGACGUCAUUACAUUUGUCCGAACUUCUCUUGUCGAACCAACCAGACUUGCCGUUGGGCGGUUUAAUCCAGCCGCAACGCAGCUAGGAAAUAUUGAACGAGUAGAAAUUACUGUACCUCUACAAAUCGAGGGUUUAGAGAACCUGAAGUAUGAAUUCAUUGAACAUUUGUACGACAAUAACGACGAAGUCAAACAGUUCAACUCGAUAUACUUUGGCCCUAAAACUGGAGACGCCGCAUCAACACCUCUGAUAGUAACACCGCAUGGCGGGCCACAUUCGUCGUACGCGAAUUCUUUCUCAGUGGAGAAUACAGUUUUAGGUCUUCUCGGUUUUGGAAUAUUGCAAGUUAAUUUCCGUGGAUCGACUGGAAUGGGUUCGAAAAAUGUCGAGUUCCUGCAAGGUAAAGUUGGAGCAGCAGAUACCUUGGACUGUGUGAGUGCUACUCGAGAAGCAUUAGAGAAAUACCCGUGGCUCGAUGCCUCGCGUAUGGGACUUUCCGGAGGAUCUCACGGAGGCUUUUUAGUAGCUCAUUUAAGUGGUCAAUAUCCCAACCUGUACAAAUCAGUAGUAGCAAGAAAUCCAGUGAUCGAUAUUGCAGCUAUGUUCACGAUAUCGGAUAUCCCAGAUUGGUGUCCAGCUGUCACAGGCUUUCCCUACCAUGAAUCCGUCCCACAACCGCUGGGUACAGAAAUGUUUAUCAAAAUGUUUGAAAGUUCACCGAUCAUACAUGCGGAUAAAGUUAGAGCACCUACGUUGAUGCUGAUUGGAACUAAUGACCUACGCGUGCCAUCGUCACAAGGAAAACUUUGGUAUCAACGACUUAAAGCGAUCAACGUUGUAACCAAGAUGCUGGUUUACGAGGACAAUCAUCAACUGACUUCUGGUCCGGUAGAAAUCGAUAAUAUUAUUAAUACAGCUUUGUGGCACCUGGAACACGUUACUGCUAAGACCAGCUAAAAUGUCGAAACACGAAUAUUGUCUAACUCUUCCAACAAAAUUCAGUUGCAUGCUGUGACAGAAAUAAGAUACAAAUAUCGUUUAUCUUCCACAGUGUGCGUAAUACGACAGAUGGUCAAAGUUUGCGACAUAAACUUUCGUGAUUUUUACAAAGGUAUCGUAUAAGAAACAAAUGCACAAUACGAAAUUUUAUAUUUACAAUAAUAUUAUAACAUAGAUACUGUUUCUUUCACUGAAUAUACAUAAUCGAUAUAUAGGUAGAUCGAUGUAUUCUUUAUACGAAGUGUACUCACUCUGUGGCACACUUGGACAUUUUUUAUCUGAUAUACAAAUAUUACAUAAUAAUUAUUCUAUAAAAAUAAGUAGAAAUUGUUAUAUGUUUAAAUAUUGUGUUAACUAUAAAAUAACCAGAGAUGUAUUUGGCUGUUAUACUAAUUCGUUACCCCUCCUUGAAACAUGCACUAGUUUUGAGAUUCCUAUUGUACCAGAAUUUUUAUUUAACUUGUAUAUAUAUAUCCCUAUGUGUAUCACAGUUAUUUGAAAGAUUGGUUUAUCCUCGAUAAAAUGUAUUUUCAAACUUUUAUCUUGGUCCAUUGUUAAUGAGACUCUUUUAACUUGACAUAGGCUUAAGAUUAACUAAUAAAUUCGUUAACGACCGCAUCAAAAUUCAUGGCACUUUGUA